CGCCGCCUCCCGCGCUGCCUGCGGGCCGCCCCGCCGCCAGACCGGCCGGGAGCGCCGACGGAGAGUUGGUGGAGUUCCGGGAAGCGCGGGGAUAGCCGGGCCGUCGCGUCGGCCUUGCGCUGCUCCCCGAGGGCACAGCUCCGCCGGCUGGAAGGAGCCUCUGUUGGGCGCCGAGAUCCGCGCUGCUGGAGCUGUGGUGCCGCUCUGUGCGGCGCGGCGUGAAGGCAAACGGCGUCGCGAGCGCGGAAAGCUGCCUGUCGGUUAGGUGUGCGUGGAGCUGCGGAGCUGCGGGCGCCGCGGUUCGGUCCGUGCGGUCAGAUGAACGGGGCGUCGGGUUGAGGACUGCCGCGCUCGUCAUGCCGGUCGCGGCGCUUCUUUUUGUUGUUUCCCUCUGCGUUUGAAGCUAGAGUUUAAGCUUUAGAAGGUUAGGGUUACAAAUUCCUCGUGAAUUUGCAGAGUCGUUGGGCUCUGCAACCCGUAGGGGUUGAAAGAGACCUCUGGAGAUCGUCGAGUCCCAGCCCCUGCGAUGGCAGGUUGGACAGGAAAGGACCCGAGUGGGUCUUGAAUGUCUCCAGGGGAGGAGGCUCCGCGGCCCCUCUGGGCAGCCGGUUCCAAUGCAGCCCAGACCUGCCUGCUCUACGUUUCUUUUCUUAUCCCUGAGUUGAAGGUGGCUGCCUUCAGUUUUCAGCUCCAAAUCUUGUUAUGGUCCUAUUGAUGCUGGAAGUUCUGUGGUAAGUCAUGCUUUCCCAAAUAGGAAUUCUUCAGAGUUUUCAUCCGUUUUCUGUGUUACAUUCUCAUUAAGAAAAAUAAUUUUCUGACGUUUGUUACCAGGCAUUCUUUUCUCUCUCUCUUAUUUUUUUUUUUUUUAACUUCAUUUAUUUUGUUUUCUCCUGGGUGCCCUCCAAUAUAUUGUCAUUCUCCUUGAACUGCAGACAGUGCAUUUUUUAAGCAAUUAAAUUGAUGUCAAGAAGAUCUCUGUGUGGCCUGAGGCUCCAGGUUCUCCGUUUCGCAGAGAACUGCAAGGAGUGUUGGGUUCCUGGCCACAACCUGGCCCUAUGAAGCUGCUUCGCUCCCUUCAAAGUUGCCAGCGUGGUAAAAUAGAAUCUCCCACUGCUCUGUUUCAUCUUCCUUUUUAAUCGUUGGGCUCCUCUUUAGUCAUGUUAAUAUGUUGGCUGCAGCGGUAGUCAGCGACAUGCCCUUUUUGUAUUGCUCUUGCCAGUUUUCAGCAUCUGUGGAGGAUCAUGUCAUCUGUUCCAUGAAGAAGCUUUGUAUUUUCCAGGUCAGUUAAGAAUCUGUAGUGCAGAGAAACCCUGGAUCCCUCCAGGGUCUUUGAAGAUACACAAGUGCCUGAUGAUUGGUUCCUGCGUUCCGAAAAACAACCACCCUGCUUUCAAAACAUGACUUAAAUCUUUUUAAUAGGUGCUACUUUAAAGCAUUAUCAGUUUUUUAUUUUGGAAAUUCCUUUAUGGAAAUGGUAUGGAGAGCAGUCUCAAGACAAGUUCCUCACACAAGCUUACAGGAUCGUUGCCUGCUACCUAUAACACUCAGCCUGCUAAUAAAAAAUAUAAUCAAAUUAGAAUUACUGAAUGCAUUCUUCAUAUGACAAUAUUUUUGCUAUGCUUUAGGAAGCAAUGUCAAGGAAAUCUUGCUUUCAGUUCCUAGAAGUUUCAUCUUGAGGCUACGUAGAUGGUGAUAAACGGUAUGUUUUUAAAGGUGUUGACUGAAAUAUUUUAAGUUGACUGUGUUUUCUUUCUUAAGCUGUAGCAAUGUCAGGGAAAAAAAGCCUGAAUUACAGAGUACUUGAAGUUCUCCUGUAGUGAGUUCUUAUGUAGGGUUCAUGUUGUAUGGUAAGAUUUAAAAUGCAGUAGGAUGUAAACUGCCUUGGGGACAGUGCUAAAUACAGUCUCAGUGUGCACAGGUGUUUCUGUUUUCGCUCCCACUGCUAUUCUCCACGGCGGGGUGGGGAACUGGGACCUCAGAGCUAUGAGCUCUCACUAGUGAGGCUGGAAGCGGGUCGUGUAGGUGCUGGUGUGCUGGGACAGAGCUCGAGCACUCUGGUUUGCAUUGUUGUAGAUUGCUUCACCAUGUUCCAAACGCUGGUUUUGAUUGUGGCUGACAGGUAGUCAUCUGAACAGCUGAAGCUGUGUUCAUCUGAUGUUAAAUCACAAAAAUGUGUGCCGUGUUCAUCUGGUCCUUGUCUGAAGAGAACGUGGCCUUCAGGUGGUACAGGCAGCAGUAUUUCCGUCAGGCUGUCCUGAUAUUUAUGCUGGUGCAGGCUGUGUUGUGGCAGGCUGCGUUCCCUUUGUGUGCAGAGCCGUGUUCACAGUCGUGGCUCAUCAAAAUGAUUUCUCCUCCCUACAAGCCUUGCUUCUGUCGUCCUGUACUUAACUUCAGCCAUCUGGUUUUUAUCCUGCUCCUUAUUUCUUGCAGGCACUGUUUUGUCUGUGCAGUGGCACUGCUCCUACCAAAGGAAGCGUGCGGUGGAGUAUUGUAAGGACACCGUUACCAGGUCUGCUGUGGCAUAGCUUAUCCUGGAAUAAAUAGAAGUCAACGAAUGAGAAUGGAAAUCACUGGAACCUCUUCGUUAGCUGAGAAGAGCUCAGUCGCACUGGGGAGUGCUUGGGCAGCGCAAUCAAAGCAGCCCAGAGCAGGAGGGCUGAGAUGGGCGCUCCUGUCCUCCAUGCUCCCCAUUUUCCCCCUGCUUCUUAUGCUGUCUGUUUGCAGCUGGAAGGAAUUCCUGCAGAACAACGCUGCUCAUGACCUUUAUCUCUUAGGAAACCUGAUUUCUACACCGAUGCUGUCUCUUUGGUUGUGCAGUCCCGUAUUGAGCAGCAGAUUGAUUUGUUACUCGCUUGAGGAAAAACACGGUCUUCAGAAAACCAUAAUGGCUGUGUAGUAGUUGGUGAGACUGUCAUAAUUACUUGGAAGGAGAAAUGCAGAAAGGCGAUAAUGAUGAUGAGUUCCUGGUUGAGUACAUGUCCGACUUGGCGAGCCCUCUUGUUUCCAUUUGGAGAAGGAUUUUUGCUAAUUGCUCUCCUUUGGUGUUAGCCCAGCUCUAGGACCUGACCCUGUGUUGUGUGUGGCUGAAUGACAGUCCCAGUUAUUUGUUAUUUUAAGCUUGAUGGCCACCGCUGUGGUCUCUGGUGUUUCUUCUGUGCUGGCAGUCUGUGUCCGUCUCUGUCCGACCCAGACGUAUGGGUUUUACAGCACUGAAUUUGAGACGGUUCUUUACAAUAGAUAGCACUGACAUUUGGUUAGCGUGACCUAUAUUUAUAGCAGCUAAUCUAAAAUAACAAACUGCUUAGUGAUAGUUCAGAGGGAAAGUUAUGUAACUGCGAGACUCCAACUUUUAUAAUGCACUGCUAGGAUUUAUUUAUUUUUUAAACUUACCCUUUUUGCAUAGCUGUCAAGCUUUCUGUAACAGCUGUAGGGAUGUGACUUUGGUAGGGCUCAAUCUGAAGUAAUAGUAGAUUUGUGCAUAGCUAUAGAAGUUGUAGAAAAUAAAAAUUAAAAAUGCAGGUAAUAUAGAAAAAUAUACAACUCUCUCUCUUUUUUUUUUUUUUUUUUAAUCAAAUGAAACUUCCUGAGGGGUAAAAACAGUGUUUGUUGCUAAACAGGUGUAAUACAAGAAGUUCCCUGUGGUGCGGUGUUUCACUUGCAGAAAGCUGAAGCUCAUAAACAGAAUGUGUUUAAAAUGUUUUCUAUGAAAAGAUAAAGGCACAGGAGGAUUAAAUAAAAUUUAUAAACAUAUAAAAAGGUGAGUCACUUCUAAAUAUUACUAAACUUUCUGUCACGGUCUGUAUUGGAAACAUUCAUACGCAAUCAAUCUGUGGAGUAGCACAGGUAUUUUAGAGGGACUUAAUGAAUGAGCCAAAAGGGCAUCUCUGAAAUGCUGUGCUACUGACCUGUCUGGGAGUGUACCAACUACACCAGGUGUUUCAAGCAUCUUGUUAUUUGCUGCAGGAGCUGAGGGUGCAGCCCUGCUGUCUUCAGCAGGUGUCCUGAGAAGGCUUUGCUGCCCAGAUCCCCAGGAGGAGCUCCCUGAGAUGAACCACGUGAAGCCCUGGGCCCGCCUUGAGGUCACCUACCGUGAUAUUUCAGAUGUGAGCUCUUUCCCAUGGAGCUGAGAGCUUCACCGCAGCAAUUACCUACGUAUAAUUUCCUGCCUCGGAGUUUAGUUCUUGGAAGCUGUCACCUUGGCCCUGGAAAGCGAAGAAGUAAGGAGUGUUUCCUCUGCUUAAGCUAUGGAGGAGGACAUCCAUCACAUUCAGAAACAGAUCUUCUUCAUAGACAGACAUACACAGCUUCUCAUCAGCUUCCUGGAUACUCUGCUACGCACCAUCCUACUGGUCUUUCAGGAAUUUUUGAUACUGGUAUGCACACCUCUGGAAGUAACACUAAGGAAACUUCAGUUAUGAAUUUUCUCUCUGCGAUUGAGUCUCGCACAGCUCAGACAGCCUCUUCAGGAUCUACCCUUUUGCCACAAUUCAGGGCUCCUUCCUGGCAGACAGGUAUGCAUUCCUCAACAGCCACAGAACUAUUUGUUACUGGAGCGUUGCCAACCUCUGGAACCUUUCCACCAACAUCUGCUUUAUCAGCUUAUCAGCAUCCAAACACGUUCAGCAGUAGAAACUUUGCUACUACUCCUUCUCUUACUCUUCAAGAUACUACUUUCAGUGCUACAUCAAAUGGCCUCUUAACUACCCAUGAUCCUUUAUUACAGAUCAAAACAUCACAAGGCACUGUUCCAGCUGCUUUGACAUUUGAGCGCCUCGGCAGUUCUGUUUUAAGUACCAGCGUACCACCUCAGUCAUCAACAUAUCGUUCUGCUCAAGAGUCUGCGCCCCAUCUUUUGCAACCUCAAUUUAGUUUGCUGCCUUCAACCAUUGGAGGAGCUCAGCAGGUUUCUCAGGCAUACAGCACAUCUGUCUUUACUGGUUCCACGGCUUCUAUCGAUAGAGCACUUCAGCGAGAAUGUAGUGUUAUUAAGCACCAUCAGCGGCCUUCAAGUACUCAGUCUGUUCAGGCUCAAUUGACUGUUUCACAGCAUUCCUUACACAGCUAUUUAACGAGUACAAGUGGAAUUAAUUUUCAGGAUACGUGCAGGCACUCAGCGUUAUCCUGCAGUCCAGUUGGAGAUGUUACUCAGGUGAGCAAUGGAGGACCACAGCAGAAGACUUCUCAAGUCACAGUGGAACUUGCUCAGUCCUAUGCAUCUGCAGUUCCAUCACCUGGCUUUCCAUCUGCUUCUGCAGCAAAAGUGAAAAACUGUUCCACAAAACAGCCUCCAAGGUCAACGAAGACCCCCAAACCUCAGAGCAUAGCUCCCCCCGUGCAGACACAAAGCUAUGCUAAAACUGCACAAAACCAGAGUUCUGUCAUCACAGGCCAAGCACAGAUCUAUUCUACAGCACAGCUGCCAAGUCUGUUGUCAGUCAGCCAGUCUCAAAAUUAUAUUUCUUCCCAGGCUCAGAAUGUGCCACCUGUCAGUCACCCGCAGGAUUUCUCAUCUAGCAAGGUUGAGAAGCUGCCCACAUUGUACAAAACAUUGACUUUUUCUGGGCAGUCACAAACUAUUACUUCUGAUAGCCAAACUCUAAGUUACUCCUCAGAUGAGCAAGUUCUGACUUCAGUUCCAAAUGAGAACUACUCUCCACAGACAAGGGAACUUUCUUCAGUCAGCCAAUCUCAGAGUUACUCUUCUAGUCACUCUCAGGGUUUAUCUCCAGUUAGCCAAUCCCAAGUUAGCUUUUCAUCUCAAUCACAAGUUUUAUCAGCUGUUAGUCCUUCAGAAAGCUAUUCUUCAGGGCAGUCUUUAGCAUUAACAUCACCUUCUCUUCCCUUUUCUGCCUCUCCUCGGAUACAGACUCUUCCAGCCUCAAGUCCCAAUCAGAGCUAUAUUUCUUUGCAUUCUUCCCAGAACGCUCAGUCGCAAGAAUCCUCCUCCCCGCAGUCUCAAAAGUUUUUGCCAUCUGUCCAGUCUCCUCCUUUUGCAUCCCCGGCUCAUUCACAGGCACUGCAGAACAGCAGGCCUUCCUCAGACACAAAAGCAUACGUAAAAAGGAAAUCAGACUCUAACUUAUAUGCAUCAUCAAAACAAGAGGAAGAGUUGUCAAUGCAGGAUAUGCAGGCUUUGCAACGACAAGCUUCUCUUGAGUCUUCCACCCAAAGGCUAACCGAUGAGGAGAUCGGUGCUCAGGAUGCAUCCUAUCGGGUCACGAAAGCAGAUGACCGAUACUCUCAAAGCGUAAUCAGAAGUAACUCUCGUCUUGAGGAUCAAGUUGUUGGACUUACUCUUCAAGGAGCAAAAAAGGAUGAGAGAAUGGCUAAUACUGUGGAACAGCUCUCCCAGCAUAUUGGCCAUAUCAGUAAUUUAAGCCAUGAUAUGAAAAAAACAGCUAAUUUAAUGCAAUCAGCACAAGUAAAUGUGAGUUCUAAAGAACUAAACCAGCAACAUUCUCUUAUGCAUAAGGUACAUGAAAGUAAAGCUUCAGAACAGCAAGGCCAGAUCAUUAGUACGACUCCGCAGGUGCAGCCCCAUGCCUUAAGACAUGGUCAUCAGCUGUGUUUGCCUGGUGCACAGGUGCUUCUGGAGUCAACCUGUGACUUGCAGAUUCUGCAUCAGUCAAUCCUGCAGUCGGGUUUAGGACAAGCAAAGGUACCACCGCAAGUGCAAAGAAUACAGAGCCCUCAGCAGGUGGCGCAUCCGUUCCUUCAGAUGGAUGGACAUAUUAUUCAGAGCAAUGGGGGUCAUUCUCAGCAACAGCUUCAUACCCAAAAUUCGGAAGUAAUGAAAAUGGACGUUUCUGAGCCCUCAAAACCACUACAGCAACAUUUGGCAACAAAAGAUCAUUUUACUCAGACAAAUCAACACGAUUCAAAAAAUCAGUUUGUUUCUCUUAGUUCGAUAUGUUUCCCAGAAUCUAUGCUUCUCAGUGAUGAGAGGAAUAUACUAUCCAAUGUGGAUGAUAUCCUAGCAGCAACAGCAGCAGCCUGCGGAGUGACACCAUCUGACUUUGCCAAAUCAGCAUCUAACGAAGAGGAGAUCCGGUCUGUUGAAAACAGUGAGGAGUCUAAAACGCAGUUCCGAUCAAUGGAUGUAAGGCACGUAUCUUCUGGUUUCAGUGCCUCGUCUGCUGUAGUUGGAAAGCCAGCAAGCAUAAAUAAUAUUUCUCUUAAUGGAGGCCAAAUCACUAUAAAUCUUACACCGGUGUCAGCAAUACAGACAAAAGCUGUGAACCUUAAUCAUCAGCACAUUGACGCUUCUGAUCAAAACGUACCAACAAGAAUGACCUCUCCCACGCUUGGCCCUGGUCAGGAGGAGCAAGAACAAAGUGCUGUCCCAGUUAAGAAACAGUCUAGCAUCAGUCGUGAAUCGGAAGAGGAUAACAGUGUUUCUGCUGAUGGUACACUGAAUGCCAGAGACCUAGACUUUGUUUCAAGCGGUAAGAGUCUAAGUGAAGAAAGUGCUGCUUCAGAGAAUGAUUUUAAUAUGAGUGGUGACGAUGGUACAGUAGCAGGUAACCAGUCAAAGGGUCCAUUGCAAUCAUUGCCUGUGCCCCAGAGUGGGGCUGAGGAAGAAUGCCAAGAUUUAAGUCAGGGGAACCUUCAGAAGAAGAAAAGCAAAGGAAAAAGCCAAAACAAAAAUGCUGCAGAAGAAGACAGUGCAAUUCAGAAACAGAUAAAGAGAAGCGGACAGUGUAAACGUCAGAACUCGAGAGGAAACGACUCUUGUUUGAUGUACUCUUCUCCUGUUUCUGAAAGUUGUUACGAUACGUAUCAGCAUCAGGAAAGAAUGAGGCAAAAAAUUAAAGAAGUUGAAGAAAAACAGCCCGAAGUGAAAACAGGAUUCAUUGCAUCUUUUUUAGACUUUCUCAAGUCUGGGCCUAGGCAACAGUUUUCAGCUCCGGCUGUGCGAAUGCCAAACAGGACGAGGCGACCGGUUACCCACGUGGUUCGUGGCCCUUGCCUGCAGUCACCCGCAAAGCCUAUGCCAGCAGCAGCACCUGCAGCUUCUGAGAUCACUGGAGAAAGUCCAACCAAAAAAGCUGAUGAAGAACUUAAGAAAAAUUUAGAAACACUGCCUUCAUUUUCUUCUGAUGAGGAUGAUUCUGUGGGAGGUAACCACGAUCUUCAGAAGAGCAUCUCUACUGCACUGUCAGCCCUGGAUGAUUCUUCUGACAGAAAGAACAAAUCAGAAGCUGAAAAAGUGCCAGUUGUUUCUGCUGCCUCCACUGCUGCCACAAUAAAGCAGGAAUUGCCACAGAUGACAUCUCCUGUAGUCAGUGUGCAGGAGAAAAUGAGCUCAGCCGACUCCUUAAAAGCAGCUCAACAGGAUGCUGGGACUUGUGACCAGUUAGCAAAAAUCCAGGCGACUGUUGCAAUAGAAGGAGGUACUGAGGAGGAGAACACGGACAGUGGAGGAGAGGGCAUGUACAGAGAGCGUGAUGAAUUUGUAGUGAAGAUUGAAGAUAUAGAGACACUAAAGCUUGCUUUGCAAACAGGAAAGGAGCCUCCAGCUAUUUGGAAAGUACAGAAGGCCUUACUGCAAAAGUUUGUUCCUGAAGUGCGGGAUGGACAGAGAGAGUUUGCUGCUACCAACAGUUAUCUUGGCUAUUUCGGGGACGCAAAAACAAAAUACAAACGAGUGUAUGUGAAGUUCAUUGAGAAUGCAAACAAAAAGGAAUAUGUUAGAGUGUGUUCGAGAAAGCCACGAAGCAAGCCUGUACAGUCUGCAAGGACUAUUCAUUGCAAACCCAGUAGCAGCAACAACAAAGCACCUGAUCCACCGCCCCCAAAACCAGCAGCAACAAAGGUCUCUUCUGUGAAACCCAAAGCUAAGCAGCCAAAAGUAAAGGCUGAACCACCUCCAAAGAAAAGGAAAAAGUGGAAAGAGGAAUUCUCGUCUUCCCAGUCUGAUUCUUCACCUGAGGCCCAAAGUGAAGAAGAUGAGCUUGUACCUCCGCCUCCAUUUGUGACUCGCUUUCUGAACACAAGAGCUAUGAAAGAGACCUUUAAGAGCUAUAUGGAGUUGCUUGUUAGCAUUGCCUUGGAUCCAGACACAAUGCAAGCCUUGGAAAAGAGCAAUGAUGAGCUACUUUUGCCUCACAUGAGAAAAAUUGAUGGCAUGCUGAAUGACAAUAGGAAAAGGCUGCUUUCCAAAUUGCGCCUGGAUAAUACUUUCAAGAGCGCUUUGGAAAUCUUUCCUGAACUCACAGUGAUCACUCGGGAUUCUAAGACAAAAAGCGGUGGAGCAUCUGUGUCUAAGAUCAAAAUGAAUGGUAAAGCUUACAACAAGAAAACACUGAGGGCCUCUAAAUCAACCACUAAAUUAGCACAGGAGUUUACGGUAGAUCCAGAAAAAAUACAGCUGUAUUCUUUGUAUCACUCACUCCAUCAUUACAAAUAUCAUAUAUAUCUGACAUGUAAAGAGGAGAUUUCUUCUGUUCAGAAGAAAAGUGCAGAUCUAGGACAGGAAGAGAUUGUGCAGCUGUGCAUGAAAAAUAUGAAAUGGGUGGAGGAUCUUUUUGAAAAGUUUGGUGAACUAUUGAAUCGUGUGCAGCAGAAAUGCUCAUAACAGAAAUGUAUUCCAAAUCUCACAUUUUUCUUCGGCACUAAUCUGAUGGAACAGAAAGCUCAGAGAGGCUCUGAUUUCUUUUACAAAGCCAGCCUGUGUUCUUGUUCAUAGGCAGUUGUAUUUCUCUUUAUGGAACUUUGUGCCUUGGCUCUUGCUAAGGAAAAGUGAUGCUGCCAAGGAAAUCAGCCCUUUGGAGAUGGAACUGAACGUAAACCUAACCACAUUUUUAACCUGGAGAAUUAUUUUUUUUCUUUUUUGUGAACUAUCGGAUAACUUAGUUUUAUUUUCAGAAAUGUUUUUGACAAAUGAUAAAGCAUGCACUACAUAUUCUUUUUUUCUUUAUUGCUAAAAAGAUAUCAACACUUAAAAUACAACAGAUUUUUCCAUCUCUGACUAAGCAACAGAAAAGUCAGCAUUGGGGUACAUGUGUCUGGCUACCAAACUGAGCUUUGUACAUCUUGUGAGCAGAGCCGGAGCGCCAUCAGUUUCUGUGAACGUGUUGCCAUCAUCAAACCCAGAAAUGUCAUUAUGCUUUAUGGACUCCUUUUACUAUUGUCAUGUUCAGGAGACUGAACGUGGAGUUGGUGCAAUCCUAUGACUGCUUUUUUUGUGUGUCAAAUUAUAUUGUAAUGAAAGACAAUGACCUUAACUAUUUUCCCCAUUUUGAAGAAAAAAAAUAUUUUCCUUUAUACAGCGUUUUUUUUUUUUUCUUUUGGAAAAAAAAAUUCAAUUGUACAUUUUAUCUCACUAAUAGUUGUAUUUUUCACAGAGAAAAUAUUGUGGUUAAAAUUGUUUCAUGUAUCUUUGUAAUACUUUCCAUUGUUUCCAGUAAAUCCUAUUCAUUUAUGUUGAUUUCGUAUUGUAAACUAUGUAUCUCGAGGUAACCCUUUUGUUUAUACAGGUUUGCUUCAGUGUUAACCAGAAUAAUGCAUACUAGACUAGUUUUGCUUUAAGUGUAGUUGUGUUAGACACUGCAAGUAUCUUCUGACACAUGAAAAUAAAUUUCUUACUAAACUAGCACUUGAUUAACUGAGAGUUUAAAUGAGGAACUACUAUAUCUUGGUCAACAAAGAUUGCUGACUGAAUAGACUACAUGCAGUGUUAAACACAGCUUACCUAGUUGUCUGUAGAACUGGCAGUUGCAGAGCUGUUCUCUUUGGUGCCUUUCAAGUCUUCAGACAUUUUCUUGUAGCUUUUUUUGUCCCUCUGGUUUAACAGUAGUGCCACUAGUCAUUCUCAGACAAUGAAUGUAAUGGGCUGUAAUCAGGAGAACAUUUUCUUUAAAUUUGCCAACAGAAUGCCUUACUGAGUCAUUCAGAACAGAUAUUUACUGGGGUCCUGGAAAAAAGAAAAAAAAAACUCAUGUUGUUCUUUUCCAGAUAACAUAGGAAAAAAUAAUUCCUUUAUCUUCUAACUGCCACUUAGUGCCUUAAUUUCAGCCAAGAAAGCAGGGUUCACUAUUCAUUGGCCAAAUGAAAUAAUGUUCAUUGCCAUGUGACCUUUUUUCCUGUUGUCUGUUUUUAUCCUAUUUAGUUGUUAAACGUUCAUUAGACUUUAGAACUAUGAAGAGUUUAAUGAAUAGAUGUAAAAAUGCAAUUAUUUGAUCUCGAGUAAUCAAAUAGGUUUGAAUAUUAAAGUAUGUACAGAAUUUUAGCUGAUUAGUUUUAGAACUGUAUAGGAUGUUUACCAUAUUUCCAAAGCUAUUUGUCUUCUAAAAGCAAUAAUUCUCAUUUAAAACUUGUAUGCAGACUACAGUGAACAGAGAUGGUGUCACCUCUGCCUUUUUUAAAGCCUCGUCAUAACGCGGCUGCUUUAAAAAGGGAGGUCGCUAUCGAGUUACUAGAUGCGUUGUGCUACUGUGAUGUCUUUAUAAUCAAGGAGAGUGAAAUGGGCUUUUAUUUAGGAAGAACGUGCAGAAUGUCAGAGCAGUUGUGAAGCUAAUUCAUUUUUUCAGAGUAAGGAAGGGUAGACAUGAGCCUUGGAGGCUUGCGGUUGUUUCAGUCGCGCUGUGUUGAACGCGGCAGGAGCCAAAGCCUGUGGAUAACACGUGAAGCAGAGCUGCCAACGUCAGUGGCCAUCAGCUAAAAAUGGGUUUGCUGUAAAUACGCCAACUGGAGACGUGGUAGCUCUGUGCCUCUUGUGCCAUUUAAUCUAUAGCAUGAGUUCCCAAAUUUAUUUAGGGGUAUUCCCUUAUUGGAGGAACAAUGGCAGCAGCAGUUCCCGGCUGCAUAGAUACAGGAGAGGCAUUUAAUUGCACACAUGGUGUUCUGUUGGCCCCUUUCGGUGAAACAACAGAGUUUGGGAGUUCCUGGGCUGUGUUGCUAAGGAUGGUUAGGGUGCAGACUGAGGGAACAGGAGUUGUUGUCUCCUUGACUGUAAAGAAUUCAUCGGACUCUUUGUCUCCUUUCCCUCCCUCAUAUGACUGAGAGCAACCAACAGAGAAAUCUUUUUGCUUUCUGAAAGAUUUCUACACCACUACUUUACAGCUCUCUAGAGUUCUGAAUCUAGAAGUAGCUUUAGGAAACUGGUUGUUUUCAUCCAAGUCCUUAGAAACUGAAGAAAAAAAAGAGAUGAGAGGGUUUUGGAACAGUUUGUCCCCAUUUAAUAGGAAGGUGAAUUCUGGUGGCGACCAUCUAGAUAAGUGAAUAAAGAUGGCCAGGAUGCUCUGCAGUGCUGGAGAGGAUGACCUGGCUGAUUUUUGGCUGGAUUAUUCCCCAGCCCAGUUAAACAAGCACUGUGCCUGUAGAGGAAAAACUUGUCUAACUGCCCCAGACUACUGCAGAUGUAGCAGAGCUGCCAUCUUUGUCAUGGGCUACAAAAAUGGUGGCUGGAUUUAUUAGUUUACCAUUGAGGAUGAAUAAAAGCACGGAACUCUCAAGUGUGCAAAGGAUCAUAAACAAGAACAAAGUUUUGUUAGUGGGUCUGAAAAGGUUUUUUUUAUACUGAAGCAAACUUAGAAAAAGUGUCAAUGUACAGAUAAUUCUUCUUGCACAAAUACUUUGUUGUGUUUUAGAUAACUGCACCCACAGCUCCAACUUCUGUCUUCUUCUUGAAGCAACAGUGAUGUCCUUAUCCUUGAAUGUCUAACAGUGGAAACUGAGCACUCACGUCUGCAAGAGAAGAUGCACUAGGAAGGAACAGAACCCUCUUUAGACUAUGAAUUAGCAAAGCAGAAAUUAAACUAAUUGUGCGAUGAAACUUUUUAUUUCCACUGUCAUUUCCUUUAGUAUGGCAUCCCUGUUUACGUUGGGUUUGUUUUGUAUUGAAAUACAGUAUUUCUCUUAAAGGCAGGUUUUCUUUGAGAUGCUACUUCCAAAGUUUUGCUAGCAAAACAUCGGAGACAAAAUUGGAUUGAAAAACUGUGUCUGAAAAUGGCUAAGGACUUCAGGAUCUUCAGAGCUCUGCGACGUGUAUCGUAUUCUUAUGUUGUCUAAAUGAAAUACUACUUUUUAAAAAGGCAAAUCUUACAGGCUGUCUUCCAAGUAAAUGAUUUCCGUAAGGGAAAUAUAUUUUAAAUAUUAUUUAAAUAUUUACUACUAUUUAAAACGAUUUUAAAACAGAAGAGCUAAAACUACGGUCACAAAAUGUCGGUGUGUCAUUGGUCAUUUCAUUGCUCACUGCUAACACAGGACGUUCGGUCUGUCACACACACGUGCAUGGCAGUGUGCACGUUCUGUCAUAUCUUAUUGUUUAAGCUACUCCUGACAUGUCAUUGUUAACACAUGCAUGUUUUCUGCAUAUCUCCUCUACGUAUGGAAAAAAAAAAAAACAAAAAAAAACAAAAAAAAAGAAGCUAGGGCUAAUAACAGACACUUUAUAUGUUCUUAGUCCAGAUUUUCAGGUGGUCCGUAAUACAAUGUAUGGAAAUGUGAAAAAGGACACAUUUUUGUACCAUUUGUGAUGUUAUUAACUAAACCCAUUAAAGUGAAAACACUUUUUAAACAAAAACCUCAUAAUUCUCAGUCGUUUCUUAUUAAAAUGCUGAGACUUGAAAAGUUAGUUUGUUGGGGAGAAAAUGGCAAUUUCGACUGUUAUGAUCUCAAGAUGAAAAAAUGCAGUUCUAGUUCUUCUUCAUUGUAUAACGUGGGUAAGGAACUCUUUAUAGUUCUGAGUGCUUCGCAUUCAUUUUCACAGUCUAUCUGCCAGUUCUUAAACUGAUGUGAGAAAUGAAGAGCCGGAAAAGAAAUGUCUUCUGUGAUUCGGUUGCUUUAUUGCUAUCCUGUUUUAUUCGCGUUCUUUCUUUCUUACCUAGAAUGCUGUCUGUGUGUACGUACAGGGAAAAAUGGUGCUGGAGGGUUUUUGUCUUUCUUCCUGCCCCCUUCACUUAAAGGGAACUGCUCCAGAUACUUUCCUGUGAAUGUUUUUGCUGUACACAGGGGGCUGAAAUCCCAUAUAAUCUCAUUGCUGGCCAUAAGGUAAAUGGUAUGCAUUCUCUGAGCCACUUACUUGAAGGAAAAAGUGAAUGUGAAGGGCUAGAAUAUUUUUAUAAUGGUCCUUUGUGUAAGAGCUGCUUCCCAAACCAAUGCUUAUUCUUCCACAGGUGUUUCCAGCUCAGAUUAUUAUCAGAUUAAGUCUCUGUUGACUUCUUUUUAUUCUAGGUGUAUUACUUGAAAACCUGUAAUUGGGAGUGUAUGCCACAGCGUUUGGAGCCUGGGAGGCUCGUGAUAGCAAGAGCUUUCAGUAUAGUUGUGUUACUUUGCAUCAUCCUCCUUUCUACCUGUGGUGCCUGCUAAUAUGAUUUCUUUGUGCAUUACUUAUCACAUUUUUACAGCAGCAACAAAGCAAAUGCUGUGAUCACUGAAUAAAAGCUGAAGCACCAGUGUUUGGUCAUGCGGUUAGGUCACAUUAGUAACUUAUUCAGAGCUCUGGGAGAAUGAGGAUUUCACUGAGUAAAGCAGCCUUGGUGGAUUCUGAAACCUUCCAACUUUCUGCUGUUGGUCGGCAUAUCGAAAUUAUUAUUCUUACAACUUUGGUAACAGAACAAAGAAUAAGAGAAUGCUUUUUAUUUGCCUCACUGCAAAGUCCAACAGUUGAUAAACAGCCAGAGAGAUAGUUUGACUACACUGAAUGGACUUUGCACAAAAGAAGCUGAAGAUAAAGCUUACGUGUGAGAAUCCAAGUGUUGCAAUUCUGGAUCCAGCUGGUCAAACAAGAGGGGAAAAGAAAGAAUCAUUUUUUCAUUCUGCUAGUUAGUGACAAGGCUCCCUGCAGGCAGUGCUUCCAGAGCUCUUCCUCAUCCUAAACUUAGGAGCCUGACAAAACAUGACACAGGUUUUGACUGCUGCACAUUGUACAGUAACAUAAAAAGUGAAUUAUGGAUUAAUGCAAAAACAAACAAACAAACACAAAACCCACAAAAAACCCAAUUCAUUGCUCUAGAACACAAGCCUUACACUAAGUGUAAAUGGUGAUAGAAUUGGUACAUAGUUUUCUGAAUAAGUUUUCUGAAUAAGUGAAAAUAAGUGGUCAACAUCAGGAAUUCACUUCUGGUUGAUAAAUCCAUCUAGAGUUCUUGCUCUUUCCUGUUUUUUUUUAAUCUGCUACUGCUGUCCUGUUCAGCAGGUGCCACUGCUGGCUGCUUACUCCAAGAAUACGGGCCAUGAAACUUGUCCCUGCAAGUUUAAGUUACCACCAUGCUGCUUCAGCUGGAAAUCACCACUGCUUAUUUGGCUUGAGCUCAGGUCCUCCACAACUGUGUCAAUUUAUGAGAACAGCUCUUGAAUCACUUUGUGGAUUUACCUAAACCCACAUUCAGUUAAGCUAACGUAUUUGGGUUUGCGCUGCAAUGUUCAGUCAGGUACUUUAGCUCACCUGUGAAACAGUAACUCCCAACGGGGCAGAGCAGAGGGAACCUUCUGGCAUAUCAAUUACUUGUGUCUGAUGGUGCUCCACUCUGCACCUUCUGGUGGAUCAGGUUUCUGGAGCGCAGGUGACAGCGAAUCUUUACUGUUGUGCAAGGAGCCUUUACCCAGACAGUGCUGCUGGGACCAUGCUACGCUGAGCACAUUUAGCCAUACUGCAUUCAGUCUCUGCUUGUAAAAAAAGAAUAAAUUGCAUAAAUGAAUGUCUCAGAAGACUUCUGCGAGAGAUGAAAAGCCCGUUUAAGACAACUAUCGGUAUUGCUUAUUGGGGAAGCAGAGGCACACUGCUGUGUCACAUCGGUCACAUUGCUAGAAGUCUUUGCUCCCUUACACUUCUUCAAAGUAAUUCUCAAGCAGUUCUGGCUCUGACUUUCUCUAGCCCUUCUGCAUUUAUAGUAUCUCACAGAGUACAACGUGUUCCACUGGAGGUCAGUGUGCACCAGUGCAGGCUCAGCAGAAUGCCUCCCUGCCCUUCACUUGCUAUAUUGUACUGCUUGACUUUGUCUGGUACCCCAUUGGUAUUCCAGCCCAGGAAUGGAAGGAUUGCAUUUGUGAACAAUGCAUGCUUUGUCAAUUCAAACAGUCAGUCAUCCAGAAGCUUCUGUCUGGGGAACUUGUUUAUUGUUCUAGACUCUUCAAAAAUGCAAGGGUGGAAUCCUUGCAGAUUUCUUUGCUAUAAAAUAUUGAAGUUUGUGUUUAGAGAGUAAAUCAUACUCUUAUCCAAGCUGUGCAACUGAACACAGCUUCUCCGCAGUGGAGCAGAUGUGGUUGGCACCGUGGUGUGAAUGUUGUGGGAUGGCAUCGCUGUAUCCCAAAGAACCUACAGCUAGGUCAUCUUUUUAAAUUCCAAUGUAAUGAGAAAUUGAAACUAAGAGUGAAUUUGUGAAUAACCUGCUCUGCAACCUGAUGGAGACUCAGUUCUCUAACCCCUGGAGGUCAGUCCCAAGCAAACCUCUCGCGCUCUUAGUAUAAGUAGCAGAACACAUAACUCAGUUAUAAGACAUGUACUGCAUGAGUCCGCUUAGCAUCCCUCACACGUCUGGCAUAUCAAAUAGCCCUUGGCUAUCUGAUAUGAACAGCUAUUCGUUUAUCUCCAUUUGAGAUUAAUAAAGGUGGAAGAGAGCAUUUGGUGAAUUUUACAGGGCAGUUUCAGUAUUAAGAAAAAUAAAUACUAGGCUUUAUAUCUUUGUGUGAAACAACUGCGGAGAUUUGAUAUUAUUCUGAUGAUUGUGACUUAAAAAAAUCUAAUUUCUGUAACCAAAGCUGUGGGUUUCAUUUACGUAUGUGAGAUUACGAAACAUAUGUCAAAACGUAUCUCAUCACUGGUGAGUGGAAUAGAGCAACGUUUUAGGAGCUACUGUUCAAAAUGUUCUUUCAUCAGCUUCGCCACUGCAGUGAAUGCAGGCAUUGUCUGUAUUUAAAUUGGGAUAAAAAGUGACUAUUCUAAAUAACUGGAAUAUUUACAUGAAUUUUUAUGUAAAGCAUUGUUUGAUGUGCUCUUUCAGGAACAAAACCAUGAAGACUGAGUCCAACAGAUCCUUGCUAUUAUGGCGAUAUGAUUUUCUGUACAUGUAAAUUUAGAUGGUGUUGACAUGUACUUAAAAGCUGGUGUUGCUAUGGGAAGAUACUUGAAAUUAAGGAAAUAAGUCUGGUGGUAGAAGAGAGAUCCUUGCGUAGUCUGACUGUGAGAUGUCAGAUUAGCAUGUGAAGUGUCUUUUGAAAAUGAGCAAUACAGCAGUCGUGUUCUCCUGCAAGAAUGUCUCUCAGUCUGUCAGUUUUCAGUAACAAGUCAAUCUUUCCUAAUCUUUGGAACUUCAAAUACAAAAAGUAUUUUGGAUAUUGAACUCGUCUUUGGCUUAGACUUUUUUUUUUUUCUUUCAGAUUUGAGGUCUUCAGUUUUAAGAAAUUGAAUUUUUUUCCUUUGUUUCUUUCAAGACGACCCAACAUUUCCAGAUCACAACAAGCACCAAUCAGUACAAUGGCAGCCCCUCUGUUCUCCCAAUACACCUCCAUCCUCUUAGACAACAUACGCUCCAACUUCUGCCUUUCCAGUGCAAUUCAGUUGAAGGACUCCAUCAUUCAGCCAUCUCUUGCUCCACGAGGCUUCAUAUUCAAUUCCAUCCCCUUCACCUGUGCCUGCAACGCUUGGGAAUUACAGGCGUCAUUCAUCCAAACGCCCCGGCCUGCCUCCA